AAGUCAGCAGUCGUCUAAGCAUGCGCAAUGUUCAGGGCGGGUAUUUUUUUUUAUUUUGAAAAGUAAUUGUUUCAGACGGUUACCUUAGGGAUAACCGAAAAAAAUCUGGAAAUACAUAAUAUAUGAUUUAUAUCUUGUACUAUAUUCUCACACACUUCUUCUUCCUUCCCAAACAUUUUGAACUUAUUCGCGAUUUACGUAAAAUCUUCAACCCGAACUUUGCCGCCAUUUCUGAAGAGAUAGUCAAUACAUUUUUCGUGCCUCAUCAUCCCAUUUAGACAAGAUGCCUCGUGAAAUGAUCACAUUACAACUAGGCCAAUGUGGCAAUCAAAUUGGCAUGGAAUUUUGGAAGCAGUUGUGUGCAGAACAUGGUAUUAGUCCAGAAGGGAUUUUGGAAAACUUUGCAACAGAAGGUUUAGAUCGGAAGGAUGUAUUUUUUUAUCAGGCUGAUGAUGAACAUUAUAUUCCCCGUGCUGUACUCCUUGAUCUUGAACCAAGAGUUAUUAACACUAUCAUGUCAUCUCCUUAUGCCAAACUAUAUAACCCUGAGAAUGUUUUCCUUGGCAAGCAAGGAGGGGGUGCAGGAAAUAACUGGGCUGUUGGUUUUUCACAGGGUGAAAAGUUAUAUGAGGAAAUAUUUGAUAUCAUUGAUCGAGAAGCUGAUGGAAGUGACAGUCUUGAGGGGUUUGUUCUUUGUCAUUCAAUAGCAGGUGGAACUGGAUCAGGUUUAGGAUCAUAUAUGUUGGAAAAGUUAAAUGACAGGUUUCCCAAAAAGCUUAUUCAGACAUAUUCAGUAUUUCCAAAUCUGGAUGAAAUAUCAGAUGUUGUUGUCCAACCAUAUAAUUCUCUAUUAACAUUGAAGAGACUUACAUUGAAUGCAGACUGUGUGGUUGUUUUGGAUAACACAGCUCUUCACCGAAUUGCAACUGAUCGCCUUCGCAUUCAGAAUCCAACUUUUGGUCAGAUCAACUCAUUGGUCUCAAUUGUGAUGUCAACAAGCACAGCUACACUGCGUUACCCUGGAUACAUGAAUAAUGAUCUUGUAGGCUUGAUUGCUUCUCUUAUUCCUACACCACGACUUCAUUUCUUAAUGACUGGUUAUACACCGUUAACAACUGACCCACAUGUUGCUAGUGUGAGAAAAACUACUGUCCUCGAUGUGAUGCGUAGGCUAUUACAACCAAAAAACAUGAUGGUCUCAACGCCUGUUCAUAGACAAGACAAGCACUGCUAUAUUUCAAUAUUGAAUAUCAUUCAAGGUGAAGUAGAUCCUACACAGGUCCACAAAAGUCUGCAGAGAAUCCGUGAGCGUAAACUGGCACAGUUUAUCCCAUGGGGUCCAGCCAGUAUACAAGUUGCACUUUCCAGAAAAUCUCCUUACAUUCUAACUGCUCAUCGAGUCAGUGGUCUAAUGUUGGCUAAUCACACCAGUAUAUCUUCAUUGUUUGAAAGGACCAUGUCACAUUAUGAUAAACUGCGGAAACGAGAAGCUUUUAUGGAAACAUUUAAGAAAGAACCUAUGUUCCACAAUGAUUUAUCAGAAUUUGAUGCUUCCAGAGAAGUUUUGCAACAAUUGGUGGAUGAAUAUCAUGCUGCUACCAACUCAGAGUAUCUUUCUUGGGGCAUGAAAAAUGCAUCAAAAGACGGUGUUUGAGUGCAUAGAAAUGUAACUCUGGAAAUAUAACUGAUUUUGAUCCAGUCUAAGAGAAGAAAAUUGUGACACACAGAACUGAUUUAUGAUUGAAAAAGUCUAGAUUUGUUGAUAUCACUGUUCUCUACAGUAAUUCAACAUGCAUGUCUUUCUCACUUAAACUGAUAUUUACACACAUUUGUUGAAUCGAUCCUAUUUAUUUCUGAUUUCUGUUAACUUGAUUCCUUUCAUACAUGUUCUGACUUAUAUUUUUUAAAAUAAAUAUUAUACAUUUUUUUUACAUUUU